GCACUCAAGAAAUCCAACACGAGUCGCUCCAUAUACUCUACUCUCGCCAAAUACGGGAUAAUGUCCAAAGGGAGCGCGAAUCAAGUGCCGCAGGCAACAUACAAAAAUGCCCCCAAGCUCUCAGCUAUCCUCACCCGUGCUGCCACAAGGAUGAAAAAGUCUCUUCCUUCCAAAUUUUCUGAACCUCGCCCCCCGUUGACUAUCUCCUCCAAAGAGGACUAUCGCCCUUCAUCGAUAUCCUCUUUUCUAACGCGAUUGUCCACUUUCAAACUCGCCACAUAUUCAAACAAACCGCCUGCCAUAGAUCCAGUGGCAGCGUCCAAGUGUGGUUGGGUGAAUGACGGAAAAGACCGGCUGGUGUGUGGAGUUUGCAGCUCUUCAUGGGUAUUGGCUAGCAAAGAGGGCAUGUCGCGAGACGCAGCCAACGCCCUCAUUGAGAAGCAAAAGACUCAGCUCGUUGAUGCGCAUAAACCAGGGUGCCCGUGGCGGAUGAAGCAGUGUGACGCAUCUAUUUAUCGUAUACCUCUUCAGUCGCCGUCCGUCCUAUUACGCGAUAUCAAGGCAAAUGCUACCUCCUUUGAUUCUCUUCUCGAUGAUGUUGAAAUCAAGCACCCAUUAACAUCCAACCAACUUACAUCACUACAAUCUACAAUCAAACUAUAUACCCUAUCAUUGUCUGCAACUGUAUCACCAACUCAAACAGAACCUCCCUCGUCUUCUACGCCGUCUGCUAUAUCGGAGGAACCAUCGGAGAAGACAAUAUUAGUGUCUCUCUUUGGCUGGAGUUUAGCUCCUGCAGCUGAGCGACCGGCAUUGACACGAGGCAGCACUUGGGCCCCUCAAAUGCCGCCACGUUCGCGGGAGUCCUCCGUCGUCCCUAGACAAUCGCCUAACUGGCUAAGCGUCGGGCUUUCGACCACUCUGGCCCCUUUAAAACGCGAUUCCGACACGCUUCUGCAAUGCAGCCUCUGUCAGCGACGUAUAGGACUUUGGACGUUUGGAUUGCGGCCAGAGUCUUCAACUUCUAGUCGGGCCCCGACACAACGAUCCUUUGAUCUGUUGAAGGAGCAUAGGUCUUAUUGUCCAUAUGUCGUGCGAUCGACGGUGAUACCUACGCUUAGUCCUCAGACACAUCUAAUGCGUCAGACAAACUUGGUAGGAGGAUCGGAGGGUGCUCUGGAGGGGUGGCGUGCUGUUGUGACGGUUGUGUUGAGGUAUGGGAUGGCGCAGCGAUCGCAUUUGACGAGUGGGAGAAGGCCUUCGGAGACUCACGAGGCAGGAGAAGGCGAAAGAGAAGUUGUUGAUGGCGGUAUCGAAGCCAUGGUGGAGGGCGUCAAGGCUCGGGGAGGAAAGGAUUUACUCAAAUACGUUCGAGGUCUUCUGGGUUGACAUUUGUGGAAUUUUACAUGCUAUUUGUUUUCAUCGGUAUUGUUGAUUAAUCCGUCUCGACGCCAGCACCGACAAAAUCGGGCAAAGGUAAGAAGUCGCUUAUCUUGAAUAUAAGUAUACAAGUUGUUCUUCAGAUGCUUCGAUACCAAUUAUCAUGUCUGUCUCUACCUAAAUGCUUUUGCCACAUGCUGUAAUUGUGGGAUGUUUGCCG